AUGGGAAAAGAAAAGACUCACGUUAACGUCGUUGUUAUUGGUCACGUCGACUCUGGUAAAUCUACCACUACCGGCCACUUGAUCUACAAGUGUGGUGGUAUCGACAAGAGAACCAUCGAGAAGUUUGAAAAGGAAGCUGCUGAGCUCGGAAAGGGUUCUUUCAAGUACGCUUGGGUUUUGGACAAGUUGAAGGCUGAGAGAGAGAGAGGUAUCACUAUCGAUAUUGCUCUGUGGAAAUUCGAGACUCCAAAGUACCACGUUACCGUCAUCGACGCUCCAGGUCACAGAGAUUUCAUCAAGAACAUGAUCACUGGUACUUCCCAGGCUGACUGUGCUAUCUUGAUUAUUGCUGGUGGUACCGGUGAGUUCGAGGCUGGUAUCUCCAAGGAUGGUCAAACCAGAGAGCACGCUUUGCUUGCUUUCACCCUUGGUGUCAGACAAUUGAUUGUUGCUGUCAACAAGAUGGACUCUGUUCAAUGGAACGAGGCCAGAUUUGAGGAAAUUGUCAAGGAAACCUCUAACUUCAUCAAGAAGGUUGGUUACAACCCUAAGACUGUUCCAUUCGUCCCAAUUUCUGGUUGGAACGGUGACAACAUGAUUGAGGCUUCUACUAACUGCCCAUGGUACAAGGGAUGGCAAAAGGAGACCAAGGCUGGUGUCGUCAAGGGUAAGACUCUUUUGGAGGCUAUUGACGCCAUUGAGCCACCUUCCAGACCAUCUGACAAGCCAUUGAGAUUGCCAUUGCAAGAUGUCUACAAGAUCGGUGGUAUUGGAACUGUUCCAGUCGGAAGAGUCGAGACCGGUGUCAUCAAGGCUGGUAUGGUUGUUACUUUCGCUCCAGCUGGUGUUACCACUGAAGUCAAGUCCGUUGAGAUGCACCACGAGCAGCUUGCUGAGGGUGUUCCAGGUGACAACGUUGGUUUCAACGUCAAGAACGUUUCCGUUAAGGAAAUCAGAAGAGGUAACGUCUGUGGUGACUCCAAGAACGACCCACCUCAAGGUGCUGCUUCUUUCAACGCUCAAGUCAUCAUCUUGAACCACCCUGGUCAAAUCUCCGCUGGUUACUCUCCAGUUUUGGACUGCCACACCGCCCACAUUGCUUGUAGAUUCGACCAGUUGCUCGAGAAGAUCGACAGAAGAACUGGUAAGAAGAUGGAGGAGAACCCUAAGUUCGUCAAGUCUGGUGAUGCUGCUAUCGUCAAGAUGAUCCCAUCCAAGCCAAUGUGUGUUGAGACCUUCACUGAGUACCCACCUCUUGGAAGAUUUGCCGUCAGAGACAUGAGACAAACCGUUGCUGUUGGUGUUAUCAAGUCUGUUGAGAAGGCUGCUGCUGGUGCCGGUAAGGUUACCAAGGCUGCUCAAAAGGCUGCCAAGAAAUAA